AUGUCCAAAGAAUUUACAAGCAGACAUCCUAAUAGAGAACAAUCAACUAUAUUAAUGGCUACCAAAACUACCAAAAUAAGAUCUAAAGUACGAUGUAAUUGUAAAAAGUAUAAUAAUAAUUGGGUCGAUUCAAGAACUCAUAACAAAUAUUAUGCAUUCUAUAUCAGUAAAAUAUCAACCAGUUACUCUACAUCUCUUCAACAAAAAAAUUUUAGUGCAGAUAUCCAGAUAUUUGAUUACGAUUUAGCUUUAUCUAUGAAUAGUAGCAGAAUCAAUCAGAAUAAAGAAUCUGAACAAUCUUCUUGUUUAACUAAUAAUGAAGAAAAUGUUUUCUACUUGGAUGUUGAUAAAUUACUAAUGGAUGAUAUUAAACAAAUACUAAAUGAUGAUAAUGAUACUCCCGAUAAGCAGUAUACUCCUUUUGAUCAUAAUGAUAUAGAUACUGAUUCAGAUCUUAAAUACUCUGAAAUAAAUAUUAAGUUUGAUAAAUUGUGGAUUCUUCCUUGA